AUGGAUGACUGGCUUCUCCCCACUACUCAAUCCAGGGGGAGUACAACUUCUCCUAGUCAAACUCCACCAACGUCCUCUACUUCAUCUCCUGAUAAUUCUUCUUCUUCACCUACGACUACGACUUCUCCUUCUACGCCUACAAUUCCUCCGACUGGUUCGCAAGUAUCUAAUGAUACGUAUUCGCCAUCUUCUCCUGCACCUUUGAGCACAGAUGCUUCUCCGGCUUCGCAGACUUCUCCUACUGUCAUUCUGGAGCUAGUUAUAUCACCGCAGUCUCCUGGCCUUCUUGAACUUCUUGGUCGCGGUCAGAGAAUUAAGAAACCAUCGGUUCUACUCAAAAAAAUUGUUACUAACGCAGCUUCUACUACGGAUCCCUCUCACGUUUCUUCUCCUCUUGAUCAGAGUUCUUCAAAUGCGGUUUCAGGCUUUUCUUGCAUCAAUAACAACGGAGGAGGUCCCACGUACUUACAAAGAAGCUGUACUUGA